AUGCACAGAAACACAAAUCAUCUUAACAUGGAGUUAGUAACACACAAAGGUGGGUGUCAUUGUGGAAGUGUAAGAUACGAAUUCAAAGCACCAAAAAAUAUAAGAGCAUGGAAAUGCAACUGUUCUUUGUGUUCAAAAAGAGGUAAUAUAUCUUUUAGUGUUCCUUCACACCAUUUCCAUUUACUUAGUGGUGAUUCAAGUAUUAGUACCUACACUUUUGGUACACAUACUGCUAAGCAUACCUUCUGCAAGGUUUGUGGGAUCACUUCUUUUAACAUCUCGAGAUCGAAUCCCGAUGCUGUGUCUGUUAAUGUUGCUUGUGUUCGUCCUGGGACGCUCAAACAUGUUGAGAUACUGAGUUUUGAUGGGUGCAAUUGGGAGCAUGCUCAUUCAUGCACCUCGUCAAAAUAGCUAGUCUUUACUUGG